AUGAACGACGACCCAUUCGUAUCCUGUCCAUAUAACAUCGCCCAUCGCGUACCAAGAUCGCGAAUCCAAGCGCACAUAGUAAAAUGCGAGAAGAAGGAGAACUUGAACAUAUGUCCAUAUAACGCGACCCAUAGGUUACCGGAAGCGGAAAUGAAACAUCACGUCAUGAAUUGUCCAUCAAAAAGCGCCAUUUUCCCUGAAGAUAUUAAACGGAAGACCACAGCAUUCCUGCAUACACCUAAACCUAUUUUACAAAAAGAUUAUUUACCAGAAACCGACCCUCAUCAUGAGAUAUGGGAUGACUGA